UUCUGAAGUACUGUUUAAAAUGCGUAAAUUUAUCGUUUGUAUCAUAAUUUCCAAAUGAAAACUCCAAAAUUAAAACAUAAAAGAUCCCCUAAUGAAAUUGAACUUGAUGAUCAUACCUCAAUAACGGAUCAAUUAUUUUCAAUUUUAUCAUUAGAUAAAGCUGAAAAAUUUUUCAAUCAUUUAAAUAAUGAUAAACAACUUAAAUUAGAAAUACAAAAUUAUUUAGAAGAAUCAAAUUUAUUAUUACAAAGACCAAAUUUACCAUUUGAUUCUUUCAUAAAAACGGAUUUAUUCAUUAAUAAACAAAAUAAUCAAAUAAAUUCUACAAUAGAUUUAAUGAAUAAUCAUUUCAAUAAACUGAAACUUAAAAUAUCAUUAUGGGAUUCUGCAUUAAUCAAUUAUUUUGUUGAAUGUAUUCAAUGGUCAACAACGAAAUGGAUUCAUGAAUUUUAUAAUUAUCAAAAUAAUAAAUUCAAUUCUAUUGAACAUAAAAUUCAUCAUUCAAUGUUUCAAUCAUUAUUCAAUAUAAAUACUACUAAUAAUAAUAAUCAUAGUAAUAUAAAUAUAGAAAAAUUAAUGUGUAUUAUCAUUAGUUUUACAAUGGCUUAUAUAUUAUUACGUCAUUUACAAUUAUGGCAAUUAGCAAAUAAACAUUUAUAUAAUAAUCAAAUGGAAAUGAAUCAAAAUAAUGAAAAUUUAAUUAAAACUAAUAAAACAACAUGUUUAAUAGGAUCAAUUCGUUUCUUUAAAUCCUUAUUUCAAUUAUCACCUACGUCCAACCCGAUUAAUAAUGAUAAUGAUAAUAAUGAUGAAAUUAAUCUUAUACAAUUUGAAAAACAAUUUUCCGGUUACUUAUUUAAUCUUGAUUCAAUAGCGGCAAAAUCAUUAAUAGAAUAUUUUUCAAAAAAUUUUUUAAAUAAACAUCAUUUAUUAGAGAAAGUAUUUGGACCAUAUACAGCAAUUAAUCAAAAAUUAAUAAAAAUUCCUUGUCCACUUUAUUUUGAUACAUUAUUGGAAACAUUUGAAACAUCAACAGAUUCUGUAUGGCCAGCUCCAUUAUCUGAAGCUAUUCCACUUAAAUUUAUUUCAAAAUAUUCUGAAUUAUUUCCUGAAAAAGUAACUAAAUGGUUAAAAAUUUUCAAACCAGAUGAUAUUCCGAAAGAAAUUCAACAACAACAACAACAACAACAAGAGCAACAUGAGAAACAAAAUGAACAAUCUAUAUCUUCAGUAAAAGAAAUUCAAAUAGAUGAAGUAAAACAAGAAGAAUUAGAUCCAAUGUUCAAAUAUCUUACUUCUAUUGAUACAUUAAAUUUAGAUGAAUUGAAUGCAAUCAUUGAAGUAAAUCCAAUAGAAUUAGAUGGUAUUAUACAAAAGUUACUGUUUGAAUUAUCUAUAAACUAUUCUAAUAAAGAUUAUUUAAAUAAAAUAAAACAGAAACAAAUUGAAUUAGGUAAACAAUUAAUUGAUAGAGCAAAAGUUAGAAUUACUGAAUGGAAUGAUCAAAAUAAAUCAAAAUAAGAUGAGUAUUUAUACUAUCAGAGGAAUGAAUCUCUUUUUUUUUCUUCUUCUUCAUAUAAUGUAUAGAUUAAAGUAUACAAAAAGAGACAGUAACAAAACUUUCUUUACCCUGGUAACAAUAACCCCCCUUUUUAUUCAUUUAUUUAUUGCGUCAUUAUUCCAAGUCUUUCUGAAGUUUAAAUUACAUCAUAUAUAACUGACUGAUUUCAAUUCAUAUUUUCUUUAUUAUCAUUAAUCUAUUUUCAUGAGUUCUAACCACUAUUUCAAUGUUUUGGAACUUUCCCUCUCUAACUUUAUUUAUUCGAGACAAAAUGUUAUGGCCUCAUUAACUCUAUCGGAAUCUUCACUACACGAUGAUACAUUUAUUCAUCCUUAAUCACCCUCUUAUGUAUACGUAUGUCAAUAUCUGUUGAAUUUUAAAUAUUUUAGGUUGUAAAGGGACUGAUGAGAACCUAACGAAAACAAAUGAAUCCAUUUAUUAUUCUGCAUCAAUCUUUAUUUUUGCUCUCUUUAAGAUAAUGUAUUUUCAUUCUAUAGUAAAGAUGAUAUAUUGUGUUUUAAACUAUUCACUUUAAAUGAAUCCUAUGACAAAUAUAUUUAGAACAAUUAGUCCCUUUGAUAAAUUUCGAUAAUGAUAUUAGAAGACGAAGAUUAUCAGAACUAUGUGAUAUAUUAGCGCAAUACAUUUCGAAAAAUCUGGUCACAUAUAUACUUGUUAAGAGCAUUUAUAUAUAAAAAUAAAAGGUCAACUAGACUGGAAACGGGGUAAGAAGAGAUAAGGAUAAUGAUAAGAGUAAUAAUAAUAAUAAUGUGAACACAAAGCGAAACCUAAUCACUCUGGAUAAUAAGUCAAUAUUACCAUGGUAGGUUUUUGAACACACAAAGGGGGUUUGAAUUUUCGUAUGGCUAAGGCUUCAAUGAACCUCUUACCCUGUUUCCUGUCUAGUUGACCUUUUAUUUUUUAUAUAUAAAUGCUCUUAGCAAGUAUAUGUGACCAGAUUGUUCGAAAUGUAUUGUGCUAAUAUAUCACAUAGUUCUGAGAAUCUUCGUCUUCUAAUAUCAUUAUCGAAAUAUGUUUAGAUUAAUGAUGAAUUAAAUUUAUUCAUAAUCAACUUUGUUGCUAAGGCUUAAUGAUGGAACCAAGACUUAAAUUGGAUUGAUCUUUUAAACAUUUCAUAUGAAUACUUAGUAAUUCCAAGGUAUCCAUGGUCAAGCUUGAGUCACUUCUUUUUCUUUUGCAGUAAUAGAUUUUGAUAAACAGCAAUUAUAUAUUGUUUGAUCAUAUUUUUCCUACUUAUGAAUAUUAGCCUAUAAUGAAAAUGAAUUGAAUGAAAAGGAUGUAGUAAACAUAACUUUUUUUUAUAACAAAG